UGUCUCUCCCUAUCGCUCCUUCAAGUGGGUGUCGGGGACACCGGUGAAGGCUGCAGCUGGCAGAACAGAACGUGGGCCCAGCAAGAGACACGAGAGAUGGGCUCGAAGUACCCGCGGUCCCUCCGCUGCUGCCUGCCCACGUGGGCCUUAGUGCUACAGACAGUUUUUUCUCUCCUCUUCUGUUUCUUCAUCUCUCAGGAUACCGACCCAGUGGAUCACAAGUUCAUGUCGAGCUAUCAAGUCCUCCAGGAUUUGACCCUUGUGGCAGCCUUGGGGUUCGGCUUCCUGUCUUCAUCCCUCUGGCGACACAGCUGGAGCAGUGUGGCCUUCAACCUCUUCAUGUUGGCCCUCGGGGUGCAGGGGACAAUCUUGCUGGACCAUUUCCUGCGCCAGAUCUCUCAAUGGAACCAGAUCAACAAUCUGUCCAGCAUCCAGGUAGCUACGGUGAGCACCUUGCCGGUGCUGAUCUCAGCGGGCGCUGUCCUGGGGAAGGUCAACUUGGUGCAGCUGGCCGUGAUGGUGCUGAUGGAGGCAAUGGCCUUUGGUGCCAUCAGACUUGCGGACAAGAAGGUCUUCGAUAUGACAGACCACGUCGUCAUGACGCACGGCCACGUGUUUGGGGCCUAUUUUGGGCUGACUGUGGCUUGGUGGCUUUCCAGGUCUCUGCCCAGGAGAGUGGUUGAGGACAUCCAGACAGAAAAGGUUCAAAUGGCUACGAGCUCCAGUCUGUUCGCCAUGCUGGGCACACUUUUCUUGUGGAUUUUCUGGCCGAGUGUCAACUCUGCUCUCCUGGAAGGGACGAAGAAAAGGAAUGCUGUGUUUAAUACCUACUGCGCCCUGGCAGUCAGCACGGUGACAGCCACCUCCCUGUCAGCCCUGAGUCACCCCCAAGGGAGGAUCAACAUGGUUCACAUCCACAAUGCGGUGCUGGCAGGGGGCGUGGCCGUGGGGGCCCCGAGUUGCCUGAUUUCUUCUCCUUGGAUUGCCAUGGUGCUGGGCCUCGCAGCUGGGGUGAUCUCCAUCUGGGGAGCCGAGUGUCCGCGGAUGUGUUUGAACCACAUGCUUCAGAACCCCAGUGGGACCCACUACACCUUCGGCUUGCCGGGUCUGCUCGGAGCGCUCGCCUACUACUGCCUUCAGAUAAUAACAGAGACCGGGACCGCAGAACUCUGGAUUGUCACCCAGACGGUCAGUAACAUCGGCGCUCUCAGCUUUGCUGUGGCCAUGGGAAUGGUGACCGGACUCCUCACAGGUUGUCUCCUAAGUGUCAGAGUGUGGCGGGCCCCCCACGCAGCCAAGUACUUUGAUGAUCAGGCUUUCUGGGAGUUCCCUCACUUGGCUGUUGGAUUCUAAGCAAAAGCGUCUGAGGAGGAGGAUGAGCGAGGAGAAGCCCUUUCUUGGCAUCCCAUUUGUCUGCAUCCUGUGUUACAAGAAAGGCUUCAAGAGGUCAUCUAAGUUUAAAUUCUAUGUUUGGUUCCAUGACAGAUUCUAUCAAUACUUUUGGCUGAAGACACCUCAUUAAAGUUCUGAUUCAGUUCUA